AUGGAGGGGGUGGCUGACAGUGCCCCCCGUGAACACAUUGAGGCCAGUGUGCUGGCCCAGAACCACAGCCAAAACUGCCCCCACCCUGAGGAGGCCCGCAGAGCAGGGCACCAGGAGCCCGGGAGCCCUCCAGGCACUGAGGUUCUCUACUGUGACCUGCCCUGUCGCCCGCCUGCCUCUGAGAACCCGCUGGGUACCUCAGCCUCCCACUGCCAGUCCGUGGUGGACUCGGGCCUUGCUGUGUGUGUGCUUGGACGGGGUGUUACUCCUCAGUUCUCACUACUUUUGGGGAAAAGUCACGGAUCUGUCUCCUCUUCCAGGGGAGCAUCGGCAGGGCUCCUCAAGGAGCACCCCACAACUGCCCCUGGGAGCAGGAGCCGGGAGCCCGAGGCAGUGCCCUAUCUGGAGGGCCUGGCCUCCUCCCUGGGUGGCAGGCUCGACGAGGUCCCUGGCUCUGGCACCAGCUCCAUCCCUGACUGUGACACCCCUGAUGAUACCAGCAACUCGUCCUCUGUGGGCUGGGACACUGUCGAGAGGCAGCAGGAGGCCCCGCACUGCAGCCUGCUCACCGUGAUGAUCCCGUGGCUGCCCCCAGAGGGGCCGAGAGCUGACAGUGCUCGCAGGGCUCCGUCUAUCCUCGCCCGGCCCCCGGUGGGAGGAGACGCCACCGGUCAGAGGAAGGAGGACACCAGCUGCGGGAGCCGAAGUCCCGGACGGCAGUUGGCGAAGCUCCGAGGAGAAGGUGGGUGCUUCUUGGAGCGGCACCAGUCAGCGCUGUCCCAGGCUUCCUCAGCAACUCCACAAAGUGGACCUCGAAGUGCCACCCCCCAGACUCCCUCUCUCUGCCACGCUGCUCAGAGGGACAUCACGCAGGCUGCUUUCACACAGCUUGAUGCACCCCGAGUCACCUCUCCCACCCAAAACGCCCAACGGGACAAGCCCAGGACCUUGUCCACCCAUCAGGACACUCCCAGGACCUCUUCCACACGGCAGGACACCCCCAGAGCAUCUUCUCCCUCAAGAAUCACCCAAAGGGACAACCCCAGAACCUCGUCCACCCAACGAAACAAUCCUCAACUUCCUUCUCCCCCUAGAACCAUCCAACAGGACAGCUCCAGAUCCUCGUCUACCCAACAGGAUGACUCUCGGGCUUCUUUUCCCACACGUGCGCACCAGUGUGACAAGCCCAGAACCUCUGGCCCACGGGACAACCCCAGAGCCUCUUCCCCCAACAGAACCACCCAAAGGGAAAACUCCAGAACAUCCUGUAGCCCACAGGACAACCCCAGAGCCUCCUCCCCCAACAGAACCAUCCAAAAGGAAAACACUAGAACAUCCUAUGGCCCACGGGACAGUCCCAGAGCCUCCUCCCCCAACAGAACCAUCCAAAAGGAAAACACUAGAACAUCUUGUGGCCAAUGGGACAACCCCAGAGCCUCCUCCCCCAACAGAACCAUCCAAAAGGAAAACACUAGAACAUCUUGUGGCCAAUGGGACAACCCCAGAGCCUCCUCCCCUAACAGAACCACCCAAAGGGAAAACUCCAGAACAUCCUAUGGCCCACGGGACAACCCCAGAGCCUCCUCCCCUAACAGAACCACCCAAAGGGAAAACUCCAGAACAUCCUGUGGCCCACGGGACAACCCCAGAGCCUCCUCCCCUAACAGAACCACCCAAAGGGAAAACUCCAGAACAUCCUGUGGCCCACGGGACAACCCCAGAGCCUCCUCCCCUAACAGAACCACCCAAAGGGAAAACUCCAGAACAUCCUGUGGCCCACGGGACAACCCCAGAGCCUCCUCCCCUAACAGAACCACCCAAAGGGAAAACUCCAGAACAUCCUGUGGCCCACGGGACAACCCCAGAGCCUCCUCCCCCAACAGAACCAUCCAAAGGGAAAACUCCAGAACAUCCUGUGGCCCACGGGACAACCCCAGAGCCUCUUCCCCCAACAGAACCAUCCAAAAGGAAAACACUAGAACAUCCUGUGGCCAAUGGGACAACUCCAGAGCUUCCUCCCCUAACAGAACCACCCAAAGGGAAAAAUCCAGAACAUCUUGCAGCCCACGGGACAACCCCAGAGCCUCCUCUCCCAACAGAACCAUCCAAAAGGAAAACACUAGAACAUCCUGUGGCCCACGGGACAACCCCAGAGCUUCCUCCCCCAACAGAACCACCCAACGGGAUAACCCCUGGACUUCUUAUAGUCAACAAAACCCCAGAAGCUCAUCCACCCAACGGGAAAACCCUAAAGCUGCUUGUACCCAAUGGGAUAAACUUAGAGCCUCCUGUACCCAACAGGAUAAUCCUCGAUCUGCUUCCUCUCGACGGGACAAGCCUGGGACCUCCUCCCCUCAGUGCUGCACCCAACAGAGCAACCCUGGGACAGCCUCUCCCCACCGUUCUCAGCGGGGCAAUCCCAGGAAUUCCUCUCCCCAUCGCACUAACAAGGACAUCCCCUGGGCCUCCUUCCCCCUCCGGCCGACCCAGAGUGAUGGCCCCCGAUCCUCUUCCCCAUCUCGUUCCAAGCCAAGCGAGGUCCCCUGGGCAUCCAUCGCCCUCCGGCCAACCCAAGGGGAGAGACCGCAGACCUCAUCUCCCACUAGGGUGGGCCCGCCCUCCUCCGGCCCUUCGCAGCAGAACUCACCAUCCCGGACCGCCUCCUCCUCCCUUAACCCAGGCCAGCAUGGCACCUCCCGGACUUCCUCACCUCUAUACCCCACCCUCCGCGGGGCUCCCCAGCCCUCUUCUGAGCCCGCUCAGGCCCCAUGUGCUGUGUGCAUCGGGCACAGGGAUGCCCCCCGGGCCUCUUCGCCUCCACGAUAUUUGCAACAUGACCCCUUCCCCUUCUUCCCAGACCCCCACGUGUCAGAGAGUGAAUCGCCCCACCAUGACCCUCCCUAUAUGCCCCCAGCUGUGUGCAUUGGACACCGGGAUGCCCCCCGGGCUUCCUCGCCACCCCGUCACACCCAGUUUGACCCCUUCCCCUUCCUCCCAGACACAUCAGAUGCUGAGGACCAGCCCCCCCAGCAUGACCCUCCUCUGUUCCCCCCACCUGUGUGUAUUGGGUACCGUGAUGCACCCCGGGCCUCCUCCCCACCACGCCAGACCCCAGAGCCCUCCCUCUUACUCCAGGAUCUCCCCAGGGCUAGUACUGAGAGCCUUGCCCCCUCCACAGACUCUCUACAUGAGCCCCCCCACAUCCCCACCCCUGUGUGCAUCGGGCACCGGGAUGCACCCUACUUCUCGUCCCCACCACGCCAGGUCCCCGAGCCCUCCCUGUUUUUCCAGGACCAUCCCGGGACCAGCAUGGAGAGCCUGGCCCCCUCCAUCGACUCUCUGCAUGGCUCCACCAUGCUGCCCCCUCAAGUGUGCAUCGGGCACCGGGAUGCCCCCCGAGCCUCCUCCCCACCCCGCCACCCACCCAGUGACCUAGCAUUCCUGGCAUCCUCACCACCACCAGGCAGCUCCGGGGGCUCCAGGGGCUCAGUACCCCCCGGGGAGACCAGGCACAACUUGGAGAGGGAGGAGUACUCCAUGCUGGCCGACCUGCCCCCGCCCAGGAGGCUGGCGCAGAGGGAGCCAGGCCCCCAGUGCAGCAAUGGGGGCCGCACCCGCAGCCCCGGCCGCGCAGAGGUGGAGCGCCUCUUCGGGCAAGAGCGCAGGAAAUCCGAGGCACCGGGGGCCUUCCAGGCCCGGGACGAGGGGCAGUCACAGCGGCCCAGCCAAGGUCAGAGCCAACUUCUCAGAAGACAAUCCAGCCCUGCCCUCAGCAGGGAGGUUACCAAGACCCCAGUGAAGCAGGCAGCACCAGCCCGACGGAGCCAAGGAGAUCCCCCUCCUUCCAGGAGCCCCGAGAGGCGGCCUGAGGGGAACCAGCGGCUUCAAACGUCCUCUCAGCCCCCCAGGACAUCAGCCAGGACCCCUGAGAGGGAGCAGCAGAUGGAGAAACCUCUGGAGAGAGGCCGUGCAGGCCCAAGACAGUCUCUGGGAGGAUGGCGGAGUCAGGAGGAGCUCCCAGGCUCCCGGGGCCCUCACAGACACCUGGAGAAAAGUGGGAGCAGCCAGGAGGAGGGCCCCGGCCUGGGGGGCUGGCAAGGACUGGAGAAACCCAUACGGGGGGCUGCCAGAGCCCUGGAGGGCACCUGGGGGGAUCUUCCCAAGGAGUCUGAGGAGAGCUGGGGGCAGCUGUGUGGCUCCCUCAGCCAUGGGGGGCAGUCAGAGCCCUGGGAGGAGCCCCCCAGUAACGGGCUGCGGGAGUCUCCCAACAGGCCCGCUCAGAGGGGGUGGGGCAGCCUACAGGAGCUGUCUAGUCCUCACCAGCCCAACAGCCCCACAGAGAACUCCAGUAUACACCUCGCGGGGUUCUCAAAAUCCCUGCAGCCUGAGACACCCACUGCUGAGGACCAGGGGGCCGAGGGAGAGGGCCCACACCUGCAGGGUCCCAAGAGGCAACCUGAGCUGGACUGGAGGGACCUGGCAGGCCUUCUCAGGGAGCAAACGCUUGCCUCCCAUCUCCCAAGGCAGUACUGGGAAGGCCUCCUGGAGCUCUUGCAGGCCCAACGGCCCCGCAAGGACCCAGCCGGACACUGGGGUGGCCUGACCAUGGUUUCAGGGCCAGAACUGGAUUCCCUGGGCCCAAGUGGUGCUUUGGAGCAAGAGCAACACCACCAACCUGAGGGCUGGGCCCAGGCCACCCUAGUCAAUGGACACAGCCCGGGCCAGGGGCCUCAGAGCUCAGCCCAGCCUCCCAGAUCUGCCUGCACCUCCACCCAGUGGCCAAAGACCAAAGUGACAAGCGGACCUGAGACCUCAACUCUGCCUGGUCUGGAAGAGAGCGGCCAGCUGGGACGCAGGAGCCCUGCAGGGGGCCCCAGCUCUCCAGAGAGGAAGUUCCAAUCAGAGGCGCCUGAGGAGUCAGACCCCAGCAGAGGCCAAGACUCACUGACGGAUCAGAAGCUGGCAGACUCGGCAGACAAGAGGCCAGCGGAGGGCAAGGCUGGGCGCCCGCUCAAGAGCCGGCUGGUGAGCUCGUGGCGGAUGCCCGGGGACCGUCCCACGCUGUUCAAUCCGUUCCUGCUGUCUCUGGGGGUCCUCACUUGGCAAAGGCCCGAUCUGCUCAACUUCAAGAAGGGAUGGAUGUCGAUCUUGGAUGAGCCUGAAGAGUGGAAGAAGCACUGGUUUGUGCUGACAGACUCCAGCCUCAAGUACUACAGGGACUCCACCGCCGAGGAGGCAGAUCAGCUGGACGGUGAGAUCGACCUGCGCUCCUGCACGGACGUCACCGAGUACGCAGUGCAGCGCAACUAUGGCUUCCAGAUCCACACCAAGGAUGCUGUCUAUACCCUAUCGGCUAUGACCUCGGGAAUCCGGCGCAACUGGAUCGAAGCUCUGCGGAAGACUAUGCGUCCCACCUCCGCCCCAGAUGUCACCAAGCUCUCGGACUGCAACAAGGAGAACACGCUUCACGGCUAUGGCACCCAGAGGGGCUCCCUGAAGGUGGGGGAGCAGCGGGCGGGCUCUGAGGUCAUCAGCCGGGGCGCCCCGCGGAAGGCUGAUGGCCAGCGGCCAUCCCUGGACUACGUGGAGCUCUCUCCGAUGACGCAGUGCUCCCCGCAGCGGGCUCGCGCCCCCACCCGCACUCUGGACCGCCCAGCCAAGCAGGAGGAGCUGGAGCGGGACCUGGCCCAGCGCUCUGAAGAGCGUCGCAAGUGGUUCGAGGCCACAGACGGUAGAGUCCCAGAGACACCAGCUGGCGAGGCACCCCGCCGGGGCCUGGGCGCCCCCCUGACCGAAGACCAGCAGAGCCGGCUCAGUGAGGAGAUCGAGAAGAAGUGGCAGGAGUUAGAGAAGCUGCCCCUGCGGGAGAACAAGCGGGUGCCCCUCUCUGCACUGCUCAACCAGAGCCGAGGGGAGCGCCGGGGGACCCCGAGUGAUAGCCAUGAGGCACUGGAGAAGGAGGUCCAGUCUCUUCGUGCCCAGCUGGAGGCCUGGCGUCUCCGAGGGGAGGCUCUGCAGGAGGCACCCAAGUCCCAGGAGGACAGCCCCGCCCCGCCGGGCUACAUUUCCCAGGAGGUGUGUGAGCGCAGCCUGGCAGAGAUGGAGUCCUUGCACCAGCAGGUGAUGGAGGAGCUGCAGCGGCACCACGAGCGGGAGCUACAGCGACUACAGCAGGAGAAGGAGUCGCUUCUGGCUGAGGAGACGGCAGCCACGGCUUCAGCCAUUGAAGCCAUGAGGAAGGCCUUUGAGGAGGAGCUGAGCCGAGAGCUGAGCAAGACACGGAGUCUCCAGCAGGGCCCGGAUGGCCUCCAGAAGCAGCACCAGUCGGAUGUGGAGGCGCUCAAGCGGGAGCUGCAGGUGCUGUCGGAGCAGUACUCGCAGAAGUGCCUGGAGAUCGGGGCCCUGACGCGGCAGGCGGAGGAGCGCGAGCACACGCUGUGGCGCUGCCAGCAGGAGAGCCAGGAGCUGCUGUGCCACAACCAGGAGCUGCACGCCUGCCUGUCUGAGGAGAUUGACCGGCUGCGUAGCUUCAUCGCCUCACAGGGCUCAGGCUGCGGGCGCAGCAACAAGCGGAGCUCCUGUGAGUUGGAGGUGCUGCUGAGAGUAAAGGAGAAGGAGCUUCAGUACCUGAAGAAGGAGGUGCAGUGCCUGCGGGAAGAGCUCCAGAUGAUGCAAAAGGACCAGCGCUUCGCCUCAGGAAAGUACCAGGACGUGUACGUGGAGCUGAACCACAUCAAGACGCGGUCGGAGCGGGAGAUUGAGCAGCUAAAGGAGCACCUGCGCCUCGCCAUGGCUGCGCUGCAGGAGAAGGAGGCCCUGCACAACAGCCUGGCCGAGUAGAGGUCUUCAAGGUCCAGACCCCGGGCCAAGGGACCAGUCGCCUCCUUCCCUGCUGGACGGAAGUCAGAAGCCAAGCUUUCUCCCCACUCUCUGUGGGCCGCAUGUGCACGCACACCCACCACACACACACACAAACACACACACACCACACACAGGCACACACACACACCACACACAGGCACAUACACAGACACACACACUGCGUAUCUGAGCGCGCCCCUCGCACUGGGUCUUACUUUGCACCUUCUUCAGGAUUUUAUAUGUGAAGAGAUUUUUAUAUAGAAUUUUUCCUUUUUUUUUCCAUACACUUUAUGCUUUUUAGAAAGCAAUUCCUCAUGGCCGUGGCCUCCCACACCGGCUCCCCAGCUCCUGCCACCUGCUUGGGCCCCUGGGCCUGCCCCAGGCUGGCAGCCCUUCAGGGCUGGCUCUGGUGGGGAGGCAGGGACCCAGCCCCCCUCUUUCCACCCUACCUCCUACUAACUGCUUCCUGCCUGGGGUGGGGGGGCCCAUGCCAGGAGACUCUGGGCGGAGGAAUGACUGGACAGAGGGAACCAGCUGCUCUAUCUCCUCUGAUAGGGUGCUGGGGUGGGGCCCCGGAGCUACCCAUGAAGGUUGUUUCUCUUCAGCUCCAUGAAACUUCUUAACUUAAUAAAGUGUUUCCUCAGCUCUAGUGUCCUGGGUGAGGGGCAGGGCCCCGCGUGGACAUCAGGGUUUCUUUCUUUUUUUUUUUUUUAAGGUUUAUGUAUUUAUUUAUACAAGCACUGGGCACAGUCAGAAGCGCGGGAGGGUGAGAGAAUUCACCAGAGCCAGAGCGGGGAACAGAACAGGCAGAAGGACCGAAGCACACUGCUGAGGGGAGCAGUGGGUGAGCCAGGAGAGGUCUGCGCGCCAUGUGGGACCCUCGCUGGCGGCCGGGGAUCGAACCGGUGCUGCAGAGGCUGCGGGCAGCUUCUCAACCCAGCGCUCAACCGCUG